AUGGCGCGUAUAUUGUUCGCCUUGACGGCGGUGGCCGUGAUACUGCUUGGGUAUGUCGUGCGCAGUUUGCUGAAGGGAUAUGCGAUCCGAAAAAAGAUGCACAACUUGCCCGGGCCACCACAUUCGAUGCUAUGGGGCCAUCUCAAGGCAAUGGGAGAGCAAGUGAGAGAGCUUCCGCGACGAAUGCAUCCUCAUUCACUUCCAUUGCGAAUCAUGAAGAAGUACAACACAGGAUCUUUCUUCUACCUCGAUACCUGGCCGUUUGGCGAUCCUAUGGUCGUCGUGAUGGACCCGACAAUCUCUCAACAGUUGUCAGUUGAAUACACCACCCUGAAGCAUCCCCAACUCGGCGAAUUCCUGACGCAUCUUGCUGGACCAGACGACAUGGUCUCCGUCAAUGGAGCCAUUUGGAAAAAGUGGCGAAGCAUCUUCAACCCCGGCUUCGCCACAACGCAUUUGAUGUCCUUGGUGCCCGGCAUUGUCGACGAUGGGUUGGUCUACUCGCAAGUCCUCGACGAGCACGCAGCGUCCGACAAAGUCUUUCGCCUGGAAGAAGUGACGACUCGACUGACGAUCGAUGUCAUCGGCAAAGUUGUACUCGAUCUUCGCUUCAACAUGCAGCGUGGUGAAAAUGCUUGUAUCGAAGCGAUGAGGGAACAAGUGCAUCUGCUUCCUAACGAAGGUUCUCUCAACCCUUGGAAACAGUAUAACCCGAGCGCGAUCUACCGCCGAUGGCGUAACGAUCGAAUCAUGACCCAGUACAUCGGGAAAGUCCUGGACGAACGUUUCGCCUCGAAAAACGGCGCCAGCAUCGAGCGAGCCAAGCGAAGCCGCACGAUCAUGGAUCUCGCUUUGGACAGCUACCUGACAGGCGAAGGGCAGGACGAAAAGAAAGCGGGAGACGGCGUUGCGCCUCAACUCGACGAGGCCUUCAAGCAGGGUGCCAUUACGCAGAUUCGAGUGUUCCUCUUCGCAGGCCACGACACAACCUCCUCAACCAUCUGCUACGCCCUCUACAUGCUCCGCAAACAUCCCGCCUGCCUCCAACGGAUCCGCGAAGAACACCAGACUGUCCUCGGUAGCAUCGCCGAGACCCCCAACGCCAUCAAAUCCGACCCCUACGUCCUGAACAAACUCGAAUACACCACCGCCGUCAUCAAAGAAACCCUCCGCCUCUGGCCCGCCGCCUCCGCGCCUCGCAUGGGUGAACCCAACCUCUUCAUCCGGGACCCGAAAACCGGCGAAACCUUCCCGACCGAGGGCCUGAUGAUCUGGCUCGUGCACUACGGCACCCAACGCAACCCAGCCAUCUGGUCCGACCCGGACGCUUUCCAGCCCGAGCGCUUCCUACCGGAGAAUGCAGGCAAGAUCCCCGAGGGCGCCUUCCGCGCCUUUGAGAUGGGCGCGCGGAACUGCAUCGGUCAGAACCUCGCCAUGAUCGAGGCCCGGAUCAUCCUGGCGCUGGUGUGCCGGAAAUUCGACGUCGAUACCGCUUUCGAUCGCCUGGACGAGGUCAGCGGGGAUGGCAGUUUCUGGGCGAGCGAUGACAGCUUCCGCAGCGGCAAGCAGGAUGUCGAUGGAGAGGAGAUGUAUCAGGUUCUGGUCGGCGCUGCGAAGCCGCGGGAGGGAAUGCCGGCGAGGAUCACGAGGUCGGGCUGGGAGAAGAGUUGA